AUGGACACGAAGACGCUUCUCAGUUUUGUCCUGUUAGGAAAAACCCAUUCAGGAAAAAGUGCAGCAGGAAACACAAUACUGGGACAAAGAGCUUUUACUUCAACAAAGAGUCUCACAUCUGUAACUCAAGAUGUUCAGAAAAAACGCGGCACUGUAUUAAAAAUCCCGGUUGCUGUUCAUGAUACUCCAGGAUUCUGUAACACAGAACUGAGUGAUGAACAGAUCAGACAGAAAUGUCAGAAUGUUCUCAACUCAUGUGAAUCAGAAUCCUGUUUGUAUCUUCUGGUCAUCAGAAUAGGCAAAUUCACUGCAGAAGAGAGAAGAACUGUGGAGCAGAUUGAGAAUCUCUUAGGAGAAGAUCGUCUGAAGAAAACCUGCAUGCUCUUCACCAGGGGAGAUGAACUGGAGAAACAAAAUCAGACAAUUGAGGAAUUCAUCAAUCAAACACAUUAUCUGAAGAAGCUGGUGCAGAAAUAUGAGAACAGAUACCACGUCUUCAACAACAAGAUAAGAAAUUCAUCUGAGCAAGUGAAAAAUCUGAUGGUAAAAACAACAGAAAACUCCACCAGUUCAGACAGAACAAUCGUCCUGCUGGGGAAAACUGGUUUUGGAAAGAGUGCAACAGGAAACACCAUCCUGGGAGAUAAAUGCUUCGAAUCUAAACAUGGUUCAAAAUCUGUAACCAGGGAGAGUGAAGCUCAGAGUGGACGUGUUGGUGGCAGGAAUUUGACAGUGAUUGAUACUCCAGGGUUCUUUGAUACUUCUGUGUUAAAUGAAGAGUUAGUGACAGAGAUAGGAAAAAGUAUCUAUUUAUCCAGUCCAGGACCUCACGCCUUCCUCCUGGUUCUACCAGUAAACAUCAGGUUCACAGAACAUGAACAGGAAGUUAUCCAGAAAAUCGAAUUGUUAUUUGGAGAUGAAGUGGUGAAAUAUACAAUUAUUCUCUUCACUCAUGAAGAUCUGUUAGAGGAAGACGGAAACAAUGUAGAGGAUUUCAUUAGUGAGAAUGAAUCUUUAAGAAAGCUUGUAGAGAAGUGUGGAGGUGGUUAUCACGUCUUCAACAACAGAGAUAAUAAUAACAGAGAGCAGGUCAGUGAGCUGUUAGAGAAGAUCGACAGAAUGGUGGAGAAGAAUGGAGGAAGCUGUUACUCCAACGAGAUGUUUGAGGAAGCAGCCAGAUUCAAAAGAGAGGACGAAGUGAGGAUGAUGCAGGAGAAAGAUAAGCAAAGUUCCAACAGCUCCACCAAUUCAGACAGAAGAAUCGUCCUGCUGGGGCAAAUUGGUUCUGGGAAGGGUGCAACAGGAAACACCAUCCUGGGAGAGAAACGUUUCUUAUCUAAACUUAGAAUGAAAACUGUAACCAGGAAGACUGAAGCCUGUACUGAACAUAUUAAAGGCAGGAAUGUGACAGUGGUUGAUACUCCAGGGCUCUUUGAUACGUCUGUUCCUCAUGAAGAGUUAGAUACAGAGAUAGGAAGAAGUAUCUAUUUAUCCAGUCCAGGACCUCAUGCCUUCCUCCUGGUUCUCAAAAUAAGUGACAGAUUUACAGAACAGGAAGAGGAAAUUAUUCAGAAAAUUAAAAUGUUAUUUGGAAAGGAGGUGGCGAAAUACAUGAUUAUUCUCUUUACUUAUGGAGAUCAGUUAGAUGAACAUGAACAUGUGGAGGAUUUCAUUAAUGAGAGUGAAUCUUUAAGAAAGCUUGUAGAGAAGUGUGGAGGUGGUUAUCACGUCUUCAACAAUAGAGAUAAAAAUAACAGAGAGCAGGUCAGUGAGCUGUUAGAGAAGAUCGACAGAAUGGUGGAGGAGAAUGGAGGAAGCUGCUACUCCAACGAGAUGUUUGAGGAAGCAGCCAGACUCAAAAGAGAGGAGGAGGAGAGGAUGAAGCAGGAGGAAGAAGAGCAAAAGCAAAGAGAACAAGAACUAAAACAAGAGGAAAUUGAAAAUAUAAAGAGAGAGAUAGAAGCAAGAAUUACACAGGAAAGACAAGAGGAAAUUGAAAAUAUAAAGAGAGAGACAGAAGCCAAAAUCAAAUUGGAGACACAAGAGGAAAUGAAUAAAUUAAGAUCACAGUUAGAAAAUAAACCUCAACCCAGUGGAUUCAGUCAGUUUUGGAGAAAGUAUAAAAAAUAUAUUAUAUUAGCUGUGUGUGGAGUUACACUUGUAGGGGCUGGUCUUGGUAUUGCUGCUUAUUGUGGCGGAACUGUUGCGUUUGGUGCUGGAGCUGCUGUUUCUAAAGGUGGAGCUGUUGUUUUUAAAGGUGGAGCUAUUGCUUUUAAAGGUGGAGCUAUUGUUUUUGGUGGUUCUGUUCCUGCAUUAGGUGGUGCCGCUGCUGCCACUGGUGGUACUGUUGCUGUUGCCAAAGGUGGCACUGCUGCUGUUGGUGCAGUUGCUGCUACUGGUGGUGCAGCUGCUGCUUCUGCUGCUGGUGCUGUUACUGCUGCUGCUGCUGGUGGUGGUACUGAUGGCACCGUUGCUGCUGCUGCUGCUGGUGGUGCUGUUGCUACUGCUGCUGCUGCUGGUGGUGCUGUUGCUACUGGUCGUGCUGUUGCUGCUGCCAUUGGUGGAACUGUUGCUGCUGGCAGUGCUUUUGCUGCUGCUGACAGUACUGUUGCUGUUGGUUGUGGUGCAGUUGUCACUGGUGGCUCAACUGCUAUAAUUGGUGGUGCUGUUGCUACUACUGGUGUUGCUACGUGUGGUUGUGCUGUUAUUGGUGGUGCUGCACAGGCUCUCAAAGAAGAGAAGAAAGAAAAAGAGAAAUAG